GCUACACCAAAACGACCACUCAAGCUAGGUAGCUCAUCACAGCCACAGCAGCUAGAGCCUACUAACCCACUCGAUCGUGCCAUGAUGAAUAGCCGAGGCAGUGGCAGCAGCAGCAGCAACCAUCAAACCAUGAUGGCUUUCUCCGAGCAUCCGAACCCGGCGACAGCAUCGUCGUCGGGGCAGCCGCAGGCGUCCCCGCCGUCGUCGCCGAGCGAGCGUCCGCCAUCGGGCCGCGGGCGGCGGCGCGCGCAGGAGCCCGGGCGGUUCCUGGGCGUGCGGCGGCGGCCGUGGGGCCGGUACGCGGCGGAGAUACGCGACCCCACGACCAAGGAGCGGCACUGGCUGGGCACGUUCGACACCGCGCAGGAGGCGGCGCUCGCCUACGACCGCGCCGCGCUGUCCAUGAAGGGCGCGCAGGCGCGCACCAACUUCGUGUACACGCACGCCGCGUACAACAACUACCCGCCCUUCCUGGUGCCGUUCCACCAGCAGCAGCAACAGUACGGCGCCGCGCCACAGCACAUUGGCUCGUACGGCCACGGCCAUCAUCACUACGACCAGCAGCAGCAGCAGGGAUCGACGACGGGCGAGUGCUCGUCGACGAUGCCGCCGGUGCCCGUGGAACGCGCCGACGGCACGCUGCUGCUGGACCGCGGCGGCGGGCACCACCACCACCAUCACCACCACCGCGAGCUCCUGUUCGCGACCGCGGACGACAGCUCCGGGUACCUGAGCAGCGUGGUCCCGGAGAGCUGCCUCCGGCCGCGGAGCAGCGCGGCGGCGGUGGAGGACCUUCGGCGGUACUCGGUCUCGGACGCGGACUCCUACGGCAUGGGGCUCCGGGAGGACGUGGACGACCUGGCCCAGAUGGUCGCCGGGUUCUGGGGCGCCGGCGCCGGCGACGGGGACGGCAUGGUGGCGUCGUCGCAGGGCUCCGACGGCUACUCGCCCUUCAGCUUCCUCUCCCACUGAUGAUGAGCAGGAGCUGCCGUUGUCUCUGACGACGCGCGUGCCGUGCAUUGCUGCAUCUGCGGCGCACGUACGUAUGUAGCUCGAUCUCGAUCGAUCGACCACAUCAGUAGAUAGCUAGCUAGUUUGCUGCUCAUCAUGAUUAUGAUCGAUCAGUGUGAGUUGGGUCGAUCGAUCCUGAUCAGUAGUAGUAGUUCUGGAGAGUCGGGUCGUCUGAUCGAUCAGUGUGAGUGAGUCGUGUACUAGGGUGGAUAGCUGCGCGCCCUACUAGCUAGCUAGCUAGCUUCUUCUUCAUGUACUCGUACGUACGUAGGCUCUUGUCAGUCUUCGAUCUUAUAGUGCCAAGUAGUACUACGUACGACUGAAUUUCAUCUUUCAUUCAUGCAUGAGAAACUAGGUAUCGGAGAAACAAA